ACUGACACUGUCAUUGUUCUGGAUCAUUUUCGCUUUUUCUGGUUUCCUUGGAAUUGGUGAACCAUGCAGACCACAAAACUUGCAAAAUGGCGAUUAAAAACUAUAACUCAACAAGCAUUUUUUUCUCAAGAAGCUUUCAAGUUCAAAGAUGACAAUAAAAUGUUAUCAUGGACUGUGCAUUCUUAUGGAGGAGUUGAAGAACUUCAGUUUGGUGGAAGUCGUGUACCGAUUAUUAGUAAGCCCGAUGAUGUUUUAGUGAAAGUCAAAGCCGCUUCUGUAAAUCCAAUAGACGCCUACAUGCUAGGCGGCUAUGGAAAAACAUCUCUUCAAGUGCUUAGGAAUUUUGAAAUAGAAUUUCCUUUAAUAUUGGGCAGGGAUUUUUCAGGAAGUGUAAUUGGAAAAGGUCAUGCCGUAAGCGAGAUUAAUAUUGGAGAUGAAGUGUAUGGUUUUGUACCAAUCCACAAGCAAGGUACAUUUGCGGAUAUUGCUGUAGCGUCCAAAUGUCACCUCUUACCAAAACCAAAACAUUUAAGCCAUGAGCAAAGUGCUUCUUUGGUAUAUACUACAAUGACCGCGUGGAGUGGUUUGUACUUAUCCGGAAAUAUGCUUUGCAGGCAAAACAAAGGUCUGAAGGUUUUGGUUCUCGGCGGGUCUGGUGGAGUUGGUACUUCCGCGAUUCAAUUGCUUAAAUCACAGGGGUGUGUGGUUUAUUCAACUUGCUCAAAUGAUGCCAUGAGAUUGGUAACUUCACUUGGAACUGACUUAGCAUUUGACAGAAAUGAUCCCGAUUUUGUUAGGAAUGUACAGUCAGAAGGAAAAUAUCAUGUGAUAUUAGAUGCAUGCAAUAUGGGCAUCGAAAAUUUGCCGGCAGGCUGGCAAUACGAGUCUUUUGUUACUCUCAAUUCGCCCCUACUUGUGAAUAAUGACAAAUAUGGCCUAUUCGGCGGAAUGCUACGAAGUAUUGGAAAUUUGCUGAACACCAAUCGCAGUAAAAUCUGUUCAGGAAAGACUUUGAGAUGGGGUUAUUUUGUACCCUCUAGAAGAGGAUUUGAAUUUAUUCAUACAUUAAUUUGCCAAGAGAAGAUCAGACCGGUCAUUCAGCAGAUUUUUCCCUUUAAUGAAUUACCUUCUGCAAUAAAGACGCUUACUGAAGGACAUGCCAGAGGAAAAAUAGUCUUGAACAACACUACUUGAAGAAAAUAAGUAAACCACGGAAAUGUCCUAAAAUGAAUUUUUAUUUUAUCAUGAUGAAAUGACAGAUUUUCUACUCUUUUGGUAUAACAAUGGUAAAUUGUUGCGUCUUGCUGAAACGACAUUGCUCGCAUUCUUUAUAUUAAACGUCUUCUUAUUC